AUGCUCACUCGUUUCCCAGUGAUUCUAUUUGCAACUUCAGCGCUUGCGGGAAGGGCUGGUCAGGAGCUGCUUACUAUGGAUGUGCCUUUGGACCACUUUUCACUUGUCGCCAAACAGCCAACUAUCCCCUUACACUACUGGCUUGAUACUGAGCAUUACGAUUCUGCUAAAGACCAGUGUGCUAUUUUCUACAUCAUGGGUGGAGAGAGUCCGCUCCCUGAGUCGGGAGUGAUCUAUCCCUUCGUCUCGAAAAGGUUGGCUCGCGAACACAAUGGUCUCGUCAUUGAGAGUGAACACAGAUUUUAUGGAAGCUCGAUACCACAAUCCUACGAGGAGUCCUUACCGUAUUUGUCGGUUGAGCAAAGUCUUAUGGAUCAUGCUACAGUUCUGCGAUAUACUCUCGAAACGGUUGAGAAUGCGAAGCGAUGCCGUGUGAUCGCUGUAGGUGGCAGCUAUAGUGGUUUCUUGGCUCUUGCUUUCCGUCUGAGGUAUCCUAAAUUGGUAUAUGCUGCUNNNNGGUCUCUACAUAUGGAAUGA